CUCGGGCGCGAUGAAGCUGCACUGCGACGUGGAGGUGGUCAGCCGGCGCUUGCCCACCUUGGGCAUGAGGAACCGGGGCAAGGGCGUGCGGGCCGUGUUGAGUGUUUGUGAGCAGACGCCCAGAAGUCAGCUGCCCGGGCCGCCGCGCGCCUGUCUGCUCGUCUCCACCCUGAAGGAUAAACGCGGGACCCGCUAUGAGCUGAAGGAGAAUAUUGAACAAUUCUUCACCAAGUUUGUGGAUGAGGGGAAAGCAACUGUUCGGUUAAAAGAGCCUCCUGUGGACAUCUGUUUAAGUAAGGCCAACUCCAAGCACUUAAAGGAUUUUCUUUCAACUGUGAGACUGGCUCAUAGAGGCUGUGGUGUCAAUGUGCAACUUUCAACACUUGCGCCAGUAAAGGCUUCUGAAUUUGAAAAAUUUAAAACUAAAAUGAUUAUCACAUCCAAAAAGGACUAUCCUCUAAGCACGAGCUUUCCCUAUUCCCUGGAGCAUCUUCAGACUUCUUACUGUAACCUCGUCCGAGUUGAUAUGCGUAUGCUUUGCCUGAAAAACCUUAGGAAAUUAGACUUGAGUCAUAACCAUAUAAAAAAGCUGCCAGCUACGAUUGGAGACCUCAUUCACCUUCAAGACCUUAACCUGAAUGAUAACCACUUGGAGUCGUUCAGCGUAGACCUGUGUCAGUCUACACUCCAGAAGUCUCUUCGAAGCUUGGAUCUCAGCAAGAACAGAAUCAGAGCGCUGCCUGUGCAGUUUUGCCAGCUCCGAGAGCUCAUCAUUUUAAAAGUGGAUGAUAAUGAAUUGAUGCAGUUUCCUUUCAAGAUAGGACAACUAACAAACCUUCGGUUUUUGUCAGCAGCUCGAAAUAAGCUUCUGUUUCUGCCAAGUGAAUUUAAAAAUUUAUCCCUUGAGUACUUGGAUCUUUUUGGAAAUACUUUUGAACAACCAAAAGUCCUUCCAGUUAUAAAGCUGCAAGUGCCAUUAACUUUGUUAGAAUCCUCUGCACGGGCCGUACUUGGGAAGAGGAUCCCAUAUGACUCUCAUAGCAUUCCUUUCCAUCUUUGCGAAGAUUUGGAUACUGCAAAAACCUGUGUUUGUGGAAGCUUCUGUCUCCGCUCCUUCAUUCAAGGGACUGCUAACAUGAACCUACACUCUGUUGCUCACACUGUGGUCUUAGUAGAUAACAUGGGUGGAACUGAAGCACCCGUUAUUUCUUACUUCUGUUCUCUAACCUGUUACGUGAAUUCAACUGAUACGUUAAAGUAAUGAAUAAUGCCACAAAAACAAAUUUCAUUUACUUACAGAUCACAUGGGAAUUUCUUUCUGUUUUAACACUGUCAGAGAAAAGGGAAGCUUUCUUUAUAUGUUUACAUAAUAGGAGGAAAGUAUGCUAAGCUACUCUUUUAAGGCAUUUGACUGAAACUUUAAUUUCAUUAAAACCAAAUUUACUGGGCUCAGCACAAUGGCCUAGUGGCUAAAAUCCUCACCUUGAAUGCGCUGGGAUCCCAUAUGGACGCCAGUUAGUGUCCUGGCUGCUCACUUCCCAUCCAGCUCCCCGCUUGUGUCCUGGUAAGGCAGCUGAGGAUGUUCCAACACACUGGGAUCCUGCAUCUGCAUGGGAGACCUGGAAGAAGUCCUG